AAACCGUGAAGGGAGAAAGAGAAGGAAGGAAAGAAAGGGGUGGGGGGAGAAGGGAGGAAGGAGGAGGAGGAGGAGGAGGAGGAGGAGAAGCAUCUCUGGGCAGGCGAAUUAUGCAUGCACUAAGCGAGCUCUGAGAGAAUGGCUGUGGAAGCUAUCCACUGCAGCCUCAGUCCAAAUGGUAUCGAUCUCUCUGUGUGUACUGAAGGAAUUAGCCUGCAACUUGAAGGUGAGCGAGUGGAACCAACCUCACUUAAGAAAGAAACCUCUAAGUUGCCUGAGUUGAAAGAAACUCUCCAAAGACAGUCCCUGGAAUCAGAAGCAUCUAAGUUUCAUAUUGUGAAGCUGACAAAGCCAGUGGCCCUUUGGACGCAGCAAGAUGUAUGCAAGUGGUUGAAGAAACAUUGCCCCAGUCAGUAUCAAAUCUACAGUGAGUCGUUCAAACAGCAUGACAUAACUGGCCGCGCACUGCUCAGGCUUACCGACAAAAAGCUUGAGCGAAUGGGGAUUGCUCAGGAGAGCUUACGUCAGCACAUUCUGCAGCAAGUGCUCCAGCUGAAAGUGAGGGAGGAAGUUCGAAACCUACAGCUACUCACGCAAGAAUUUUCUAAAUCCUCUGACUGGAAGCUGGCAAAUGCAGAGCAACACCUUGUACAGAGACCAAACUUGCAACCACUUCAGAAGCCUCGACAGAGAGUUCCCCAUAAACAUCAUCAGCCUCUAAAGCUGCUGUCCUGCCAGAUGAUAUAGAAGCGAACUUUUCCAUCUGAAAGAAUGAUAAUAAUGAUUUUUAAAAAGAAACCUAAGAAAUGGCACUGCCAGAAGAAAACAGUCACCAAGAACUGGACCCAAAUCCAACUGAUCUGAUUAACACGAUAAGUAUUGAAUAGCCUCUGAUUUGCUGAUGGAAUCCCAGCGUGGCAUGUAACCAACGAUAGAACUCUUUCCACCUAAUAGUUGGUGGGGUUUUUUUACACCGGAAAACUGUUUCCAGUUUCAUCACUGUGCGUAAACUUUAUAUUCCCAUUAGGGAACCCUCUGUGACCUUCACUAAAGGGUCUGGGGAUUGGGUUUAACUGAGUUUUGUUUUUAGCAUGGCAAACAAUGGAUUAUAUUAUAUAUGCAGAUUGCAUGGUGUUUUUUAUGGGACCGGUAGUUCCAAUUUCGCACACCCAAAUGUUCACCGAUAUCCCUUUUCCCUACCCCCCGAUAGGAACGUAGAAAUAUUUUGUCUUAGUGAUACACGGAAUGAUAAGCUGUUUUACGGUAUCUGCAAUCCAUACAUGGUCUCCACACAGACAUUCUAGCUGAUUUGGUGUGUUAUGGGAAUGUUUCAGGUAUCUGCAUUGAGAUUAUACCUUGCGUGACUCACCAUGUGCAUUGCUUCAGUAGCAAAGUCGGCUUGGUAGCUCACCUGGAUAUUGUCGUGGCUGUUUUGAUUCUCCACUUGUAAAAGUAGUAGAAUGAGAGCACGUAUGUUCCUUUGCUGCACCUACUCUCCAAAACGACAAGUAAGAUUAUAUUUCUGUUGUUUCAAUGCAUGUUAAAUAAUAGAGAAGAAAUUAAUGGAGAUAAAAGAUUGCUGUCUUGUUGCAAGAAUCCCUGGCUUUUGACGAUUGAAGACACAUGUAACAUUUCAGUAGCAACGUGGCCAGUCUGAAAACAUUCUCAUUGCACACUGUAGAAAUGCAGAGUUUUCUACUACACAGUUGUAGCAAAAGCCAGCUAUAAAAAGUGCUGAUUGGUUAGCAUAGGUGAGUUCUUCCUGGCUGUUUAAAAUGCUUGCUUGUUUUCAAUAGAACAGACAAAAAUACGAAUAGCGAACUGAUAAACGAUUACCGUCUUACUCCACAAGCCAUUUUAAUUCUUUUUCCUUUGAAGGCACAUGCCCCAUUUAAAAUAGCAUAAAUAGAGUAACAGAUCAAGCUUUGGGCUUGCUAGUAGUGGAAACCAGAGGUGAAAUUCAGCCGGUUCCUACCGGAUCGCACAAUACAGUAGGGCCGACUGCGCGAACCCCCUGUGAGGAUGUCAUGAGGUCCCUUUUUUGUGACAAUUUUCAGCCUGCAUGUGUGCAUUUCCGAACCGGUACGGAAGGUAAGUGAAUUUCACCCCUGGUGCAAACCUACUGUAGUGAGUACCCAGUACUGUAUUACUGGUAUAUUUAUCCUUCCCUCCUGGAAGUGACUCACUGAAAAUUAGAACAUCUACUUUUUAGGGGGCAUAUGGAGAAAUGUUAAAGAUAAUGAAGGCAAACCACAACUCUUUGCAGGGAAAUAGGGUGAUUGCCCAUCAAGAUCUUCCUAGUUUCUUCCUAAAAUAGAAUUGCAUUUGUUCAAGUAUGUUCUUAAGCAGUUCUACCCAAUGACAUUUUCUUCCAUUGACAUCCAACUGAGUCUUGGGAUUCACUUUUUUGUUUGUUUGUUAUUGUUGUUGUUCAUCUGAUGUGCCAUAUUGACCUCAAAUUCUUUUUCAAUCAGCUAUCAGCUAGAGUGAGCAAGCCAAAAUUUUCACAGGCCAAGGAUAUGUUGAAAUCUCAAUCAUCUUGAAUAGUGCACUUAAGGAUAAUUUAUGCUACAGAUAGGUAUCCACAAAUAUGUCGUGUUUUGAAUAUAUCUUGACCCUCAGCUUUAUACCUGAGAUCUGUUUUGGGGGUUUUUUGCUCUCACAAACGAGUUUGAGCAGAAAUGUUUACUUUCCACAUAAUUGUAGCCGGCUUAAGACUGUUGCAACUAAAAUGAGCUCUGCUCUCCAUUAUUCUUUGUCCAGGUUUCCAGAACACAGCAGGCUGUGGUUUAAUCUUUAUCCUUACCAAUUCUGAGUCAGUGCUUUCCCAUACCACUUUUCUUCUGGAAACAAAAACCCUUUCUAGUAAAAAAAAAAAAAAAAAAAAAGCAUUAUAGGAUCUGUAGAAAAUAAGGGUCUGAUUCUAAUUGUCCCUAAAUCAAGCAAUGGUAGAUCGUCAGUUGAACUUUCUCCUGCUUGAUAGACUGUUACAAACUUGUAUGGUUUUCACGUACACACACAGACACACACUUUUGUUGUGCCAUUCAUACUUUUCAACUUGUCAGUGUUUCAAGAUGUACUUGGAGCUAUUUUAAGAGAAGAGCGACUUAUGUCCCUGCAUGGAUCCUGAACUAUUCAUCUCUAUUGCUUCCUUGAAAUGUUGUCGAAGAUUUCUCCCUAGUCUAGAUCACGGGUGUCAAACUCAAGACCGGGGGGCCACAUCCGACCCACAGGGUGCUUAGAUCCCACCCAUGGGGCCACCCUGGAAAGAACAAAGGAGUGGCUUGUGAUGCCUCUGCCAGCGAAAAAAGGCUCCCGAGCUCCGUUUUUGGCUGGGACGGCCUCCUGCAACCCUCUGCCAAUGAAAACGGAGUUUAGGAGCCCAUUUUUGCUGGCAGAGCACUAGGGUCACCACAGGCGCCCUGACACAAGUGAUGUCAAGCUGACCACGCCCAUCCUGGUCAUACCCACCCCAGCACCCCAAGGAUAAACAGAACCCUGAUGUGGACCUCAAUGACAUCGAGUUUGACACCCCUGGUCUAGAUCUUCCAAUGGCUCGUGAAAGCCUUCACAACAGGAGUAAAUCCAAAGUCAGUCAUGUCUAGACACAUUUUAGGUUUCAACAGAACUUUGAUAUGGGUAAACCACUUUCACAAGGAGAAAUUUUUCUCUGUUGUGAUUAUUUGUGAAGGUUUUCAUAACGUGUUGCCAGCAUAUGACAGAUCCCUUUAGUUCCAGGGAUGUUCACUCAGUGUAGUUUUUUUAAAAAAAUUGUCAAGAUAGGAGCCAUUGAAGUCCUGUUUGAUUUUUAUGUGUGUUACCAUGUGACACACAAUCAAUCAAUCAAGUUCAUUACAGUUAAAGACCAGAGAUCAGAACAAAUCAAAAAAAUAAACCUCAAGGAGUAUCCAGUUUAAAAUUCUAGAAUAAAGUAAUAAAUAACUGGGAUAAAAUCUAUAUUAAAAUCACAAUUUGGCAUCCAAUCUAUCAGUUACACAUAGCUUAAAAAUUGGUACUAUAGUACCAAUCCUUAAACAGUAGCCCCCUAGUCAUUAAAUACUAAAAUACAAAAGAGUAGUAGUGCAAAAGGGAUUGCUACAUCAGUUGUGUAAAAUAGCUAUGGUGGAUUAAUCACGUGUUUCCGACGAAUCCCCAGUGCUGCUGCGUAGAAUCUGGCCACUUGCGCUGUAAUCACAGUGACACACAUUAAAAAUGGGCAUUAUUUUGCAUGUUGUGGGUAUCCUCGACUUUUUUUUUUUUUACUGUGCCCUCUAGACAUCCUUAUUUAGUUAUGAGGCUCCUCUAUUUGCAGCCUUCGUAGAGAAAAGAUAGUGUGUCUUAUUACAUGAAGAAAAAAAAAAGACUUCCAAAUAUUAAAAACUCCCAGUCUUUUAUGUUGGAGCAAGAAAGUAGCAAGGGAAAAGAGCAAUAGGAUUAAAGUAAUAUUCCAGAAAAAAAAAUCAAUUGCCAUUAGUCUUAGACAAGACAGUCACCAAUAUUAAACUCUAAUAAAGAACCAGAUCUACAAUCAGUGCCUCAGAUUAUUAUCAGCUGUGAUGACAAACCUACUUGCCUGUGCCUCAGUAGAAUUACUACUUAACAGACUUUUUCAGCAUAUUUUUUUCUCUUUUCAUCAAUGGUUUAUUGUAUAUACAGGCUCCUUUAAUCAGCUUCCUCUCUUAACAAUCCAUCUGCAGACUCCAUUGUCCAAGAAAACAGGUUGAGGCCUCCUAGAUCAGAUCUCACUGUUAGUCCAACAUAAUAAACUCUGAUCAGCUAAUAGCCUCUGGAUCCAUAGGACCUAAAAACCUUCUUCUGUGCUUCCAAUGUAUGGAAUGUAUAUAUUUUAGAGUCUUGAUCUCUUCCGUUCCCUCUCAGUUUUCAAUAGACUUGUAUCUGAGACCUGCCUGAAAGAAUAAUAAUAAUAAAUUUGACAAGUGGGAAGGGCCAGAGCAGAGUUCAGAUUUUGAAUGAAGAAGGUCCUAACUUCAAUCACCAGCAACUUAAGUUAAUCGAAUCUCAGGUAGUAGGACUGGAAAAGACUACAACUAUCAGAUCUAGGUUGCAAAAAUCAGAAUGACCACUACAUGGCAGUACAAAGUUACGUAUUUUUCUAAAUCACUACGCUACGGACCAGCACAAAGAAGGACUAGGGGAGACAUGGUAGCAGUGUUCCAAUAUCUCAGGAGCUGCCACAAAGAAGAGAGAGUCAAGCUAUUCUCCAAAGCACCUGAGGGUAGGACCAGAAGCAAUGGAUGGAAACUAAUCAAGGAGAGAAGAAACUUAGAACUAAGGAGAAAUUUCCUGACAGUUGGAACAAUUAAUUAGUGGAACAACUUGCCUGCAGAAAUUGUGAAUGCUCCAACACUGGAAGUUUAUAAGAAGAGAUUGGAUAACCAUUUGUCUGAAGUGGUGUAGGGUUUCCUGCCUAAGCAGGGGAUUGGACUAGAAGACCUCCAAGGUCCCUUCCAACUUUGUUAUUCUAUUCUAUUUAAAAUAGUAGAGCAGCCAUGAAGGCCUUGGAAAGGACCAUCCAACCUUGUUAUGUGUUUGUACCUACAAAGAUAAACAUUGUGCAAGCCAUGAAAACAGAAGGUUUUCUCUGUAUUCUAUGGAAGUGAAAGUUGGACUUUGAGAUAGCAAGAUAAGGAAAAAGCAUUGACACUUGUGAACGUUAGUAUUGAAGAAGACCCCUGAGAGAAUUGUGGGCAGCCCAAAAAACAAAUUAAUGGAUCAUCAAACAAAUAGACCCCACGUUCUCACUGGAAGCAGAAAUGUUUCCUACACUGGAAGCUCAAGGAGUCUUACUUCGGGCACAUUAGACCUAGUUCUUUGGAAAAAGCUAUAAUUGAGAUAGUCCUCAACUUACAACUUUUAGUGACUGUUCAAAGUUACAACGGCACUGAAAAAAUCAUUUUUCACACUUAUGACCAUUGUAGCAUUCCCAUGGUCAUGUGAUUUACAUUCAGAUGCUUAGCAACUGGUUCAUAUUUAUGACGGUUACAGUGCCCCAGGGUCAUGGGACCCGUUUUUGUGAACUUCUGACAAGCAAAAUCAAGGAGGAAGUCAGAUUGAUUCAACCACUGUGUUACUAAUUUAACAACUGUGGUGAUUCACUUAACAAAUGUAGCAAGAAAAGUCAUAAAGCGAGGUGAAACUCAGCUGACAAAUUUCUCACUUAGCAACAUAAAUUUUGGGCUGAAUUGUGGUCAUAGGUUAAGGACUACCUCUACUGGGAAAGACGGAGGGAAAGAGAAGAGGACAACCAGCAGCAAAGUAGAUAGACUCCGUUACAGUAUCAGGGAAUAGAUCACUGGAAAACCUGAGAGAUCAGGUUACAAUGAGAUCAUAAUGGAGAAAGUCUGCAUCAUUACUAGGAAUCCAAAAUUAUUUGAAGGUACGCCAUCAAAUCUUUGGUGUCAUCUGGUGGUCUUCUAUUUUUUUGCAUUCCAGAUCUGUUAGUUGUAGAAAAGACUUCUGCUUAAGGCUUAGAAGAAAUCUUGCUAGUUUGGCAGAGAUGAUUCUAAGUUAGACAGACCAAUGAUCUUAUUCAAUAUAUUCAGUGGCGUUUAAUUCAUGUAGCAAAAGCAGAAACAUAAUUGCACACAGUGAAACUUGAAGCUUCUCUUCUGCUCCUCAAUAUAUAAAUAUUGUCCAUUUUCGUGUUUACUUUUCAAUAUUUGAAUACUGUAGCUGCAUCUCUCACCUUAUCUUCCAUUUAAUAUUUUCACAACUGGUUCUCAAUAUUUUCAUGGUGGCACUAGUAUUGCUCUUUCCAAAUUCUCAAAUAUCGGUGGCCAGCUAUAGCUACUCAUUGAUUUGAUUGUGCAGUGAUUUUCACACUUGUCUGCAUGACUGCUCUUAACAUCUUGAAUCUCCUAAUGUUGUUCAUUUUUGACCUGCAAAGUUUGAAUUCAUGUAAAUCAAUGGUUCUCAACCUUUUCUUCACAUUUUGUGGCCACAGACCAUGGCCACCAAGGCUUAAGAUUUAAGACAUUAGGCUGCACCAAGCCUUGGAGACCCCCUGAGACGACAUUGUGUGCCCCUCCAAGACUCCGUGGGCCACAAGUUGAGAACCACUGAUAUAAACAAUUGGUUGGUUUCAUAAGUACCUACAUAUCAACCAGAGACCACCUCCAGUAAUGCAAAGCCAAACACUUACUACUUUACUACUAAUACUUUCUGAAGAAAUCCCAGCUGCCCAAUGUACAUUUUGAAGGUCUAUGCCUGAUCACAUUCACUAGAAAUUCUGAGGGUUAUAUUCCCAAUCUAGAAAAUGGGUGCCAUCAUGAAAGACUUACUAUUAAGCAUUUUAUUCUGCAUGAUGAUGAUGAUGAUGAUGAUGAUGAUGAUGAUGAUGAUGCAUCCCUACUGGAUGACAUUCAUUACCAAAAGGUGCAGCAACUAUUAUUUACUGUUAUAUAGGUCUCAAAUGUACAAAACUUCUCAGGUGUUACUUUAAUCCAAAGCUAGAACUAUACAUUGGGUUGUGUACAAUAGCUCAUAUUUUGCUUGUGGGUGGAUAAGCUUCUAAAAUGCUUCUCCAAGUUCUACCAAAUCUCCUUCUGCUCCAUUGUUACUAUUGUUGACAACUGCUUUAUUUUAGGAUAAAAUUAAGCACAUCCAAGUGGUUUCAACAGAACAGAUGUAAGCCAAUGUUUAAGUCUCUGGUUUUUUUUUUUUUUUUUUAAAGUUUUUAACUUCAGCAAGAGUGCAUUAUUUCAUUUAAACCAACAGUUCUUGAUUCUGGUCUCUCAUAAAAUGACCAAUGGGGAGUAUUUAUUUCUCAUGGGCCUCAGGCAAAUAAAGAAUGCAUUCUGACAUGCAGUCUGGUCAAAUAUGUCUUUAUUACCAUGAAAUUAAAAUAAAAGUCUGAAUAGUUA